AUGAAGAACUUCAAUUUUUUCAAAAUUCUAUUGGAGAAUUUCUAUCAAUAUUUAUUAAAAGCACUGUCCGAUGUUCAUGCAAAUAUAGCUGAUUCAUAUUAUGGAUUAGGAAUCAUUAUGGAUAAUAAAGGAGAUUAUGAAUCAAGUUUAAAAUGGCAUAAAAAAUGUAUUCAAAUUAGAAACGAAACUCGAUUAAUGAAUGAUUCAAGUAUUGCCUAUAUUUACAAUAGCACAGCUAAUGUUUAUCAAAAGCAAGGAGCUUAUAAACACGCAUUAGAAUAUUAUAAUAAAACAUUAAAUUUAUGCAAAGAAAUUUUCGGUGAAAAUCAUUCUGGCAUUGUCAUGCGUUUAAAUAACAUGGCCUGUAUAUAUGCAAGUGAAAAAAGAUAUUCCGAAGCACUUGAAUGCCAUCGAAAAGCUCUGAUAAUUAACCAAUCACAUUUACCUGACGAUCAUUUUGAUUUUAGUGCAACACAUAAUAAUCUUGCGAUCGUUUACAGUUAUAUGAGUCAAUUCGAUUUAGCAUUGGAACAUUUUAAUGUGCCAUUAGCAAUUAAAUCGAAAUCUACUUUCAUAAAUCAACUUGAUACAGCAUUAACAUUGAAAAAUAUCGGUCUGAUUUAUGAAAUGAAAGAAGAUUUUUUACAAGCGAAAUCAUUUUACGAAAGAGCUGCUGCUAUUCGUCAUCACAUUCUAUCGUCAACGCAUUGUGAUGUGAUUCAAAUUGAACACGAUAUUAAACGAAUUUCAAUCAAAAUUAAAGAAAAAAUAGUCACAUAG